AUGAAAACACAAGACAGCAACGGCCGAUUCAGUUGUUUCAUUUGUCAUGCCGUCUUUGGUUCUGACGACGAGAGAAGGUCUGUACUUAAUAGAAAUACCUACAUAUCCAGACUUGUGGAACUGCAUCUAUUGAAGACAGAUAAACAUAUUUGUAUCGUGUGUCGGUUCAGAGAUGUUAAGAAAAAUGCCACACAUUAUUGCGUAGAUUGUGGUGACAUGUUGUGUAACAAGUGCGCGGAGCAUCAUACCUUCACAAGAUUGACGUUUAACCAUCAAGUUAUCAAAAGAAAAGACUUAAAGGCAGGCAAGAACGACGACAUUAUACUAAAAAAUCGCCUCUUUACCUGUGGUGACCAUCCUGAUACACAGAUACAGUAUUUCUGUAGAUCAUGCCCAAUGCCGGUUUGUGAGCAGUGUUUAGUAAGUCACGGAAAUGAUCACAAGAUUAUAACAAAACAAGAAGCUCUUAAGACUUCGAAAAGAAAAGACAUCGAUCGGAUGUUCACUGAACUUCAACCCUGUCUACGCCAAGCAAUGACCGUACAACAGUUCGUUGAAAAUGGUAUCCAAGAGAUCGAGAAGAAAGAGGUAGAAAUUCCGAAAAAGGUUCAAAGUCUUUGUGACAAGCUAAAAACUGUCAUAGAUCAGAAGGGAAAAGAAGCAAAGGAAAUGGCGUCAUCAGAACUUGCAGACAUUAAACAAAAACUGACAACACAAAAAGUAGAAGUAGCUGCUUAUUUGGAAAAGAUCGAGCCAUCACUGGAGCUAUGUGAAACCCUCAUUUGUGGUGCUAAUGCAUUACAUAUAUUACCUAUUGAAGAUUUGCUUCUCAAGAAGCUUUCAUCUUUAACAGCCAUCGAUCGCCCAUCCGAUUGUCUAGAGACACAGUCGCUGGAUGUAAAAUUCCAAACUUCUCUAAUGGAUUCAAUUUGUCUUGCAAAUUUGACAAGCAUCGAAUUUCGACAAAUCAUCGAGGAAGACGUAACUGAAACGAACCCUGUUCCUUCUCCUCCGGAGAUUAAUCAGAGUAAAUCAGACGAACAAAAGAAGCCAAUACUUGUCAAAUGCAGCGACCAAUCUCAAAAUAGUAGCAAAACGACACAGCCUAAGAUAACAACGCAUGCAAAAUCGAAUAAAUCUAAGGACACCAAAACUAAGCAAUUUACAAGCGGAAAGAAACAGGCUGGACUGGAUGCUUCUAGAUAUGAGGAUAAAAAAGAGGUGCUUCAUUCACAAAAUAAAACAAGUAUCCAAACCCUUGCGGCAAAUGUGAAACCAUUGACAAUCACUACAGAAAACGAUCUGAGCAAGUCUAAUGUAAAAAAGGAGGAAGAUGUCAAGCUGAAUCCCAGUGAUAAGAUAAUUGCAUCUGGAUCAGCAAUUGUCAAUAGAUACCAACAGAUUCGAUGUUUCUCACUGGAUACUCCUGCCGACACUCUUAAACCUAUGGUGACGUCAGUGGCAUGGGUAAAUAGUAAUUCUUUUGUAGUCAGUGACCGGGAUAACAACAAAAUUAGUGUUUUUAACAUAGAUGGGACUGUUGAGUGGAGUGCACCAGUAGAUAGUCCUCUGAAUGUUGCCUGUGCUAAAGACGUAGUUGCAUGUUCUAGACGAGGCUAUAUUACAUUAUUCAGAAACAAAACACGAAUUAAAGAUAUUCAUAUAGGCAGUAAUAACAUCACACCUCUUUUAACGGGAACAGUCGACGAAACCUUCCUAGGUACAACAUCUCAUGGCCGAAAUAGCAUGGCAACGUUUACUACAAGUGGACAAAGAGGAACAGCUAUCCAGGUUGAUGGAUGUAACGUCAACUUGAUAUCUAGUAAUAACCAAUGGCAUAUUAUCUCGGACUGGUCCAUGAACAGUCUUUUAUUCAUUGACAAAACAUCUGGACAGAUAUGCAAAGAAACCUGUUUACCUGAACCAAGAAAGUGGGGUCACCACGGGGGUCACUGCACAGAUGAGAAUUGUGUGUUGGUGGCAGACUAUCAUGGAAAUAAAGUAAUCGUCUUGUCAAACGACGGCAAGUAUCUACAUAGCUGGUCUCUACCGUCGGCAAUCUACCAUCCAUGUGAUCUAGAUUUUCAUAGUAGUGGACAAUUAAUUGUUACAUCUAAUAAGCAAGUGGCAAUCUUCACGACAAACAUGAAAAAGCAGAAUAAGAAGCUGUAA